AUGGACAACAGUACAGAAGUGGUCCGGUUCAUCCUACUAGGAUUAACCAACGCCCCUGAUCUGCAGAUUCCUCUCUUUAUCUUGUUCACUCUCAUUUACCUUCUCACUUUGUUUGGAAACGUGGGGAUGGUCAUGUUGAUCCUGCUGGACCCUCAACUCCACACCCCGAUGUACUUUUUCCUCAGUAACCUCUCUCUGGUGGAUUUUGGUUACUCCACAGCUAUCAUUCCAAAGGUCAUAGAUGGAUUUCUCACGGGAGACCAAGAACUCACCUACAGUGGCUGUGCUGCUCAAAUGUUCUUUUUUGCAACCUUUGCCACUGCAGAAAAUUACUUGUUGGCUUCCAUGGCUUAUGACCGCUACGCAGCCGUGUGCAAACCCCUACACUACACAACUGUUAUGACAAGAAGAAUGUGUGCAUAUCUGGCUAUAGGUUCCUAUUUUCUUAGUCUCCUAAAUGCCUCCAUCCACACUGGGGACACAUUCAGUCUCUCCUUCUGUAAGUCCAAUGUGGUCCAUCACUUUUUCUGUGAUGUUCCAGCCGUCAUGGUUCUUUCUUGCUCUGACAGACAUGUCAGUGAGAUGGUUCUUGUGUAUGCAUCCAGCUUCAAUGUCUUUUUUGCUCUUCUGGUUAUCUUCGUUUCGUACCUUUUCAUAUUUCUUGCUAUCUUAAAGAUGCGAACAGCUGGGGGAUACGGGAAAGCUUUAUCCACCUGUGCUGCUCACCUCACUGCUGUCUUCAUCUUCUACGGGACAGUCAUCUUCAUGUACCUGCAACCCAGCUCCAGCCACUCCAUGGACACGGACAAAAUGGCAUCUGUGUUCUACACAAUGGUCAUCCCCAUGCUCAACCCUCUGGUCUACAGUCUGAGGAACAAGCAUGUCAAAUGCGCAUUCAGGAAAGUUGCCGAGAAAGCAAAAUUAUCUUUGGCUUAA